AUGGCCCUACUUGUACACGCCGCCGUCCAUGGCAAUCUCUUUCCCCUCAUGGAUGGCCACAUCUCUGGCCCAUGGGACUACACCUCGACUGAGGGUGGAGAGAAGCGUGGAGAAGUCCUGGCGUCUUUCCCCGAAUCCUGGGCCCCAAGAGACAGGGGCCUCCCCACACCCAAAUCUUCCCCCGCAUGUGGAGGUGGCACAGGCACGGCACAACAUGCCUCCUUUGAGCCCGCCAGUCUCGGUGUGAGAUCAUCCAGAAUGGCUUUAGCUCCCUGUGGUGGUCCGUCAGCACUGUCGUACGCCCCUGUUUACCCCAAAUGUCGGGAAAUGCACCUCAUGCUCCUAUAUCAUGAGUCCAUCGACCUCAUCACAGGCGAGGUUUUGAUCCCAGUCUCGUAG